AAAAUAUUUGUCAAUGAGCUUUGCAACGUUUCUGGAUUGGUGUCUGUACAACCCAACGUUGGUACAACCUAAACAACAAUUUGUGAUACACAUUGGAUCUUCGAGAAAGAACUAAACACGAUGACUGCAACACAGCCGAAAAUACUUUGCGUCGGGAUGAUUUGUGUCGACGAACUGUUGUACUGCAAAAGUUAUCCAAUCGAAGAUUCCGACCAGAGGAUUUUGGAUCGACAACAGAGGACUGGUGGAAAUGCUGCAAAUAACUGUGCAGUCCUGGCUGAGCUGAAAGUGAAAUGUGACUUGCUCGGAACGCUCAGCAGCAAUUCGAGAUACACCAGUUUUGUUAAAGACGACCUUGGAUCUUAUGGCCUCAGUUGCGACCUGUGUGAAUUAAUUGAAGGCCAAGAGUUACCAAUAUCGACUUGUAUCAUCAAUGCAGAAAAUGGUACACGAACCAUCCUACACUACCGCAAGGACUGGCCAGAGGCAUCUUAUGAAGCAUUCCUGAAAAUCGACCUCUCACAGUACUCUUGGAUUCAUUUCGAGGGGCGAAAUAUAGAUGAAGUAAAGAAAAUGAUAAAAAGAAUUGUUGAAUGGAACAACGAACAUGCCGAAGGCUAUGGAAUAACAAUAUCUAUUGAAGUGGAGAAGAAACGAGACAAUUUACUGGAGUUAAUUCCACUUGGAGAUCUUGUAAUCAUAAGCAAAGAUUUUGCUAGGUUACAGGGAUUUAACACGAUGUCUCAAACGGUUGAUGGUCUCUUUGGACUCCUGAAACAUGGGGCGACCCUGGUGGUGCCUUGGGGAGAAGAUGGCGCGGCUGCAAAAGGUCCUGAGGGCUUCUUCUUGGUUCCUGCCUGCCCUCCAGAGCGCGUGUUGGACACGCUGGGCGCUGGAGACACCUUCUGCGCCGCGCUGCUGUCAGCGCUAUCUGGCGGCCGCCCGCUGCAACACAGCCUGCGAUACGCCUGCGAGGUUGCUGGUGCCAAGGUCGGCAUGCAAGGCUACCGCGGACUUCGGGACGUUCUCAGGGAACGAAGAAUAACUGUGGACCAUUAACCAACAACCAUAUUAUUAUCAACUAUUAAGACUGACUGGGACAGAAAUUAUGCUACAUUUACAUCUGUAUCCCACAAGCAAUCGUUCAGCGUGUGGCGGUGUGUGUGUGGGGUGCCACUAUAAUCAAGUGCCCUCCCACCUUCUCUUAUUCUAUUCGUAGGUGACAUUAUUCCUCCAUAUAAGCCUAAUUUUCAGCAAUUUUAUUUUCCUGGUCGUUGUGUGGGAUACAAAUGGAAGUGUUUAUGAAUCCAUAUUCGUUUUGGAGCCUUCAUUUUGAUAACUUUAAUAUUAAAAGAGACUGUGAUGCA